GUCCAAUUCCAAAAGAAGUACUGAAUUAGGGUUUUAGGGGAAGAACAUAGCUGAGGGGUUAUUUAAUAAUUGUUUGGCUUGAGACAUACAUGUUAACUCUGUUUGGCGGCAGACAUAGUGUAAUCAUAACUUACUGAUAAGCAUACAACUGAGUGGAAAGCAAUGGAUUCGUUCUCAAAUCCAUCGACUGGGUCGUCGCAGCAGUUAUCUGCGCAGGAUAUCAGAAAACAAUUGAAGAAUCAACUCGCCUUGGAGUAUGCUCAACAAUUUCUUGAGACAGUGGGAAGAAAGUGUUUUGAGAAGUGUAUCACGAAACCAGGUUCAAGUCUUGGUGGAAGUGAAAGCAGUUGCAUCUCUAGGUGCGUAGAUCGAUAUAUUGAAGCCACCGGCAUAAUUAGCAAAGCGUUAUUUACUUCGCAAUGAAUUUCUCAGUAUAAUUGCUCUCAACAUUUUGAUUACCAAUUUAUAGGCGUUGGAGAUUACGUGUCUUCAGGUUCUUUUCUUUUUUUGUCGACAAUCAUGCAUUUUAAUAUAUUAUACAACUAAAGCAUGUAUGACUCGUGAAGUUCAGGCUUAUUUUCAAAUCUGUUUUCUUAAUAAUUGUGUAUAUUACUUCUACCUUCAUCAAAGACAUCGCAUGAAGCUGUCCGGUAUCUAAAAUAAGUUUUAAAAUAGUUAAAACAUGUCAUUGUGGAGAAAAUCAGAGAUUUUGUCUCUUGGUUCCACUUCGCAAAUAGAGGGCGGGCUUAUAAAGUUGUGGUUGAUAAUUGAUGUAUGAUUCUCGUAGAUUGGGUGAUGAUUUGUUGGAUUGUUUAAUGGUAUUUCUUUUAUUUCUUA